CUUCAUCAGACCCACAACUAUGUGAUUCAUUUUUCCUCUCUUCAUUUCCUCUCUACUCCCUCUCUAACAAAGGGGGAAAUUUCAUUUCCCGGCUAGUUCAAUGAUUUCAAAAGAACUGAAAAAUUAGCUCUUGAUGUCGAUCGAGAAAGGAAAGGGCGUAGCAGAUGGGUCGUCAUCUAGAUCUGUCGCAUCUACAGAUGAUCAGCAGCAGCAGCAGCCGCCUGUUCUGAGUCGCUAUGAGUCACAGAAGAGAAGGGAUUGGAAUACUUUUGGCCAGUACUUGAGUAAUCAGAGACCACCAGUGGCACUUUCACGGUUCAACACCAAUCAUGUACUAGAUUUCCUUCGAUAUCUCGACCAGUUUGGAAAGACUAAGGUUCAUGUGCUAGGCUGUGCCUAUUUCGGUCAGCCAGAACCCCCGGGUCCGUGCACCUGCCCUCUCAGACAGGCCUGGGGCAGUCUCGACGCCCUGAUCGGCCGACUCAGGGCCGCCUACGAGGAGAAUGGAGGGUUACCAGAGGUGAACCCAUUCGCUGGCAGUGCUGUACGGCUUUAUUUACGCGAAGUGAAGGAUUCCCAAGCCAAGGCUCGCGGGAUCCCCUAUAAGAAGAAGAAGAAGAGGAAGAACCCGAUGAAGGCUAAGAGCGAUGCAUCCGGUAGCGCACUGCCUCAUCAACAUACAACCGAUUCCAACUUUCCUUUGCCGUAUUCCUGACCAUAUGCGCAAAGAAACCAGUGCGUGAGGCGCGGACCCAAACUCAGGACUCUCGAUGCGUUUCCGAAGUAGCACUAUAUCAAAAUUUAGGCUUUUCUACUGCAUCUGUACUUGCAGAGUUCAAGAGCUUGCCGACUGAAGGACACCAUUUGCCCGUUGAGGUGAACUUUGAGCUUAAGGACUCCCAAAUUGUGUUCGCUUGAAAAGAAAAAAAAAAGUUUCAGGAGAAGAAUGAAAUCUGCAUAAACGAAGUCUGGAUAAUAUGUUGUUGUGAUUGUUUCGAGACUUAGCUAUAAUUAUCUCCUCUUUUAUAUAUUAUAUCAAGUUUAAUUACUGAA